AUGUCCGCUUCGCAGAUCCCCAAUCUCAACACUCUUCGUCGAGGUGCUGGACGCGGUCGUUUUCGGAACCGCGGCGGUCAUAGUGGCUUUCCUAGUGAAGUUGGCCAUGGAUCCCGUGGUGCAGCUGUCAAAGACCGGGUUGUGCAAGGCACGGAUAACGACGCCAGCGUCUCUCGAUUGAGUGCCGUGAGACUCGGAUAUCUUGCGGACUCAUUUGCAGAUGCAUUGACUCCUCCAGGCUCAGAAACGAGGAGACUGCCCAUAAUUAACCGAGGUACCUACGUACGUACUACGGCGAUCGACAAUCUUGUUGCUCAUUUUCUUGAUGGAGAUAAUUUGGGUAUUCGAAAACAGAUCAUCUCACUGGGUGCCGGGUCUGACACGCGCCCAUUUCGGCUGCUCUCGUCGAGGCGAUGGGAUGAUUUAACCUAUCAUGAAAUCGACUUCCCCGUCAACGCUGCCGCUAAGAUCAGAGCCAUUCGCAGCACACCUUCUCUGCAGAGAGCCGUGGGGAUUGUACAGAAACCUGGCGAAGAUAAUGUAACGAUAUCAGAAGCAGGAGAUGCGCUGCACUCUCCUUCUUACCAUAUCCACCCUCUUGACCUCCGAUCCCUGGCGAAGCAUCCGCCUUCCAGCAUUCCGGCUGAGGACACUGCCGUCCUACAAGGAGUGGAUACUAAAUUACCGACCCUUCUGAUAUCCGAAUGCUGUCUUGUGUAUCUCUCCCCCAUCGAAGCAGACAGUGUAGUCAACUAUUUUACUAGGACCCUGUUCCGUCCUGGCACAGUACAGUCAGAUACGGAACACACGGAAAAGAACAUCACCGCUCCCCUGGGCCUAAUCCUUUACGAACCCAUCCGUCCGGAUGAUGCGUUUGGGAGGACCAUGGUUUCCAACCUGGCAACACGCGGGAUCCACCUACAGACACUGAAUCGAUAUGCGUCGCUGGGGGCGCAACGGAAACGGCUGAACGAACAGGGAUUCAACGGAGGGCAGGCGGCUGCGGACGUCGACUUCAUCUGGGAGCGGUGGGUCAGUGAGAAUGAGAAAGAGCGGGUCGCUGGACUGGAAAUGCUUGAUGAAAUGGAGGAGUGGAAGCUCCUUGCCCAGCACUACUGUAUCGCAUGGGGCUGGAGAGAGGGAAUAGGCAGUGUGGCCAGUGCAUCCGGGGUGUUCACUGGCUGGAAGAACAUUGAAGGACAACAGGACGGCGAGUGA